GGCCGCCGCCGCCCCGCAGCAGGUUUGGAGCCGCCGCCCGGAGAGCCGCAGGCUGCCGCCUCCCGGGGGGCUCCGGCGCAGCAGCGGCCGCCCCCCGCCGACAGCCCCGGCCCCGAGGAGGACGCCGCGAGCGCCAUGGCCGCUGCCAAGCCCGGAGAGCUGAUGGGCAUCUGCUCCAGCUACCAGGCGGUGAUGCCGCACUUCGUGUGCCUGGCCGACGAGUUCCCGCAGUCCGUGCGGCCCGCGCAGCUGUCCAAGGGCCGGGGCCGGCUGCGGCGGCCGCGCCAGUCGCGCUUCAAGACGCAGCCGGUGACCUUCGACGAGAUCCAGGAGGUGGAGGAGGAGGGGGUGUCGCCGAUGGAGGAGGAGAAGGCCAAGAAGUCGUUCCUGCAGAGCCUGGAGUGUCUGCGCCGCAGCACGCAGAGCCUGUCGCUGCAGCGCGAGCAGCUGAGCAGCUGCAAACUGAGGAACAGCCUGGACUCCAGCGACUCCGACUCGGCGCUGUGACCCCGGGAGCCGCCCGCAGCGGGGACUCGGGCGUCCCAUGCGUGCGCCCCCCUCCCCGGGGAGAGAGCCCCGAGCCCCGGGGACCUUCGAGAGACCCGGCGCCGCCGCCGCCGCCCCCCGCGCGCGCUUGAACUCCCCGCCCGGCUCGGACGCGGUGGCUGCGCCCUGCGCGGCGCUCGCCCGGGACCCCGAGGACGUGCGCGUGCGGGGGCCGCUUUCUUUGCCCUUGUCCCUGUAUCUUUAUUAUUAUUUUUUUCUUAAACUCUUGCGGGUGCGAACUCUGCGGUGAGUGGGGCGCGGGGUGGGGUGGUCGUGGCGGUGUCCGUGCAGAGCGGCCCGGGGGGGGGGGGUCUCCCGGGACCUCCUGGAAAGCCGCACCACGCCCCGGCCCGGCGGUCGGCAAACUCCGAGGUUGCACAUCGCGGCACCGUGGCCACCCCCUUAGCGCACGCCGGUUCACACUCACGCCAACGCACGCUCGCUGAGCACUUUUGUAAUGGUCAGGCGCGGCCCGUUGGGACUUGGGGCGCAGCGCAGCUCCCGCUGCCUGCCGGAGGGAAGGGAUGGAUAUUUAUUUUUGCAUCGCGAGGUCUGAACGGCUGUUUAUUUAAACGAUCUUUUUAUCCGGAGAUGUCCGCGGAGGCUCCCGAACGGAGACGAAUAAAGUCAAUAUAUUUGCACAGUGUAA